AUGCCUCUUACUACCCGCUCUGGGCGUCAGCCAAAAGCGCCACUUCGAGCCGACAAUGAUGGCAACCAAGCACGUUCCCGCCCUGGUCCAAAGUCGGCCAACGCCAAUAUACCUCGCCCUCGCCCUAAGCCUCGUGCCCUGGCAAGGUCCGCACGUACUGACCCUAUGACAUCAUCUGCUGAGGAAGAAAUUUUCUUUUCCAAUUUCGCCAGGCGCUCAUUCGUCAGGAACAAGUCCAAUGGCGCGAGUGAGGAUCCCGAGGCACAGUUACCUGACAAUGGCACAGAUAAUGAUACACCGCUAGCUAGUGUCAAGCACGACGGUGCUGUUCUCGACAAUGAGAGUGACACGGGUACAGUUCUAUCCAAUGGUGAAUGUAAUGGUCCUGCAGCGACGAAUGAAAGGGAGACAACAACCGCUCUGUCCGACAGUGAAAUUGGCAAUCCUGGAGCGACAAAUGAACCAGAUGAGACUGGGGCUCAGUCCGACGGUGAGCACAGCAGUACCAUAGCAACGAACAACCGGGUCAAUUCUGCAGUUCCGUCCUCAAAUGAACGCGAUGGUAAUGCAGCGGUGAAUGAAAGGGUCAUGAACGCAUCUCCAUCCAACGGUGACAGCGUGAUUCAAACAAACGAAAGGGAGAAAACCGCAGUCAUUCGCCCGCGCAGAUCAGGUGCUCAAAAGUCAUACUUUCCUUCCCACGAGGGGAAAUCCACAGAGAGCUCUGGUUCUGAUAGCGAUUGGGCUGAAACAGAAGAGCGACGCAAGAAGGCAGAAUCCCGUGCAGAGUCCCCCAGACUGUCUGCAGAGGGACAGCAGAAGGGACAAGCAGUGGCAGAGGCACCCGACCAUGAUGAUGAUUCCGAGGGCUGCGACGAAGAAGACAGGCUUGAAGAAGGCGACGAGACCACACAUAAAGCAGGCAGACUAUCUAAGGAAGCCAUUUUGGCAGUGCAUGAUUUUGGGAAGAGGGUCCAGGCGGAAGCGACCGAAAUUGGCGAACGGUUUGGGAAACAUCGGCAGGUCAUUCUGACGGAGGCAGGAUUAGCGAGGAAAGCAACUCGCAAGGAGUCCAUUUGGAACCAGCAUCAAGCCUGGUUUAAAACUGUGCUGCACCCGUCCAAAGCAGCGAGCUUGCAGGCAUGGAAAGCCAAGCAAGCUGAGCAUUAUCACGCCCACUCAUACAAGGACCCUAAGAACGCGGCUCUAUGGAAGCAGAUCCGAGAGCAUUUUGAUCAUGCGAUUGCCACUCCUGACGAUCUAUCCUCUCGCGAAUCAUGCAGUCUUAUGAUGGCAGUUCGUGAGAUGUUUGCAAAAUCGGCUUUGUACUGGCACCGCACAUAUGGAAUUCAUGUCGCUGGUAUUGUUAUUUAUCCAGGUGAUGAGGAAUCUGGCCGCCAGGCCUCCGGUUUUUUUGCGGGGUCAGAUAUUGUAAAGGCCCUCAUUGAUGCUCAACGGGUAGAUGCCAAGCAUAUGAUAGAUGAGAUCACGACAAUCCUCAAGUACAAGGACUUAGAAGCUGCGCAAGCAGCAGGCAAGAAUAUUAAAUUUCUUCCGCCGCCUGCCCCAGCCUCCAACGCCUCGCUUCUACGCAACGGUAAAUCUGACAGGGAUAGAAAUCGCAUGGUUGCACCUGUGGUUAUCAGCGAAGCAUUCGCUGAUGCUGGUCAUGCAUUAAAGACUUCGAAUAGUCGAUGGAUGACAAUGCUUGACGUCCUAUACUCGACAAGGUUAUGUAUUCAUGACUGGCCCGCAGGAGUUCUGCCCCCUGGCCCUGAUUUCGACCUCAAAUCGCUGUCCGCAAGUCAGUUGCGUGCCCUUGUGGGUCCGUAUCUGAGGAUCCAUCUUGGUGAUACGUAUGAGGCUGAGUUGGGCCGAGAUGAGGAUGAGGAUGACAGCGAUGCAGAGAAAGCGAAGAUGGCCAAGCGGAAAGGCAAGUCCAAGAAGUCUGAUGAGCAUCGACGAACAAAGGGCGCGGUUGUGGAGGUGCCUGAUGUUCUCUUGUCUAUCCAGGAUUGGAGUCCUCUUCAGAUGCAAGACCUCACCUCGUACACUGGCGAGGUGUACACAAUCCCUCUCGUCAUUGAUACAGAUGGUGUCAUCUUACGUCGUCUCAAAGAUUCAGAGAAAUUUAUCAAGGACCUCCCUCCCCACGUUACUCGCAAGCAACUAGGCAAGACGAUUCGUGAAGAGUAUCCGACCUCAGAUGCAAGUGCAGAGCACUCGUUCCCAGAGGCUUCGCAUCCUAACUUGGGAAAUUCACGGUCCAAUUCAAGAGCUUUGCACUCACACCAGCAGGUUUCGCGUACACAUGUUACAACUCCACGCGCCAACUCGAGGGCUCCGCGCUCUAAUCUUGGAGCUCCAAGGGCUACGCGCCCCCCCAACUCUGGGGCUUCGCGCUCAAACCAAGGGGCUUCGCGCUCAAAUCAAGGGGCUUCGCGCUCAAACCAAGGGGCUUCGCGCUCCACUGCUGGGGCUUUGCGCUCCACUGCUGGGGCUUUGCGCUCUACUGCUGGGGCUUUGCUCCAAUCAACCGAUUAUGACGAUAUCCCACCAUCAUCUCCUUUUUCGCCUGCUACGCCUCGAGGUUCAAAUACAGCCCAUGGACGACACCAGUACAACCGCCUGCAUGAAGACAUCCGCCAUUCAUUCGGCUCUAAGUCAGACACUCGGAAACGACCUCGUGGUGAUUACGAAACUAUAAGUGAGGUCGACGAAAUCGAGACUGGCAUGGUGGAGGAUAGGCGUUUGGCCAGGAUGCACGACAGGACAAGCGUGGAUCAAAGGUCCACUCGUGGUCAUCAGCGUAAGCCAAUUGCUGGUGCUCCAUCAAUGGCACAUUCAGGAGCCGUCACAAAUAACAACACUGCGCGCUUAGCAUCUCGUUCGUCAGUGGUACCCUAUGCUGAUCGCUCGCCUUCACGCCAGCACGGCCGUCGAGUUCCUGUCGAAGCUGAGUAUGAAUUUGACUCCUACUGA